GAAGUAGGUCACCUGAGGGCGGGGCUCAGGUAGAGGAACGUAAACGCGGAAGUGAAAAGCAGCGGAAAGGAUUAAAAACUUUAAAUCAACGAACAACGAGAAGAAGAAACAUCUGUAACAUCUGUGUCCUCCUCCAGUUCCACCAUGGGCCUCUGUGACGGCCUCUCUCACUGUAAAGUGGCUCUGGCCUUCGCCGUGUUGAUGGACCUACUGGGUGGAGCCGCUCUGCUGGUGGGAGUCUUCGCCAACCUGGAAGUCAACGGACAGGACUUUGGAGACUUACUGGUUUAUACUGGAGCCCUGUUCGUCGUCAUGUCUCUGGCCGGCUGGGUGCUGUGGUACAGCGGCAACAUCGACGGCCUGACGUCCAAGAAGGAGCUGGGACACAUCGGCAGCGCGGUGGACCGCCUCGCUCGCAACCUCAGCCGCAAGAUCCGCAUCUACCGGGGCCACCGCUGAGCCCCGGACAGGAAUACACCUCAUUUUUAAACCCUCGAGUGUUCGAUACCUGUGUUUGUCAGUAUUAAGAUGAGAAACAGACCCGGAAUCAAACUGUGUUACAAGCUGGUCACAAACAUUUAACCUGUUAACGUGUCUGUUACAAAAUCAUGAAAGUUCUUUAGUGUUUGAACGAGACUGAAUUCAGCAUCGGUCUGUUGAUGGAUUUCAAUAAAAGCUUUUUAUACCUCAG